CGCUUUGUCUUGGCCAUCAGUUCUCCAGUCUUUGAAAGAAUGUUUUAUGGUCCCUUGGCAGAAGGUGAAGAAUUGAAACUUCCUGAAGAUCCACCAGAAGCUUUCAAGUGGCUACUGCAUUAUAUAUAUUAUGGUCACACUAAUCUGAAUUCUGUAAGGCUUGCUGUGAAAGUCUACCAUCUAGCAAGAAAGUAUCAAAUGGAUGCCUUGGUUACGCUUUGCUCUCAAUUUCUUAAAACCAACCUGUAUGCAAGAAAUCUUCCACUGAUAAUGGAUACAGCUAUGCUUCAUGAGGACAAAAUACUUUUGGAGAAGUGCAGUGAGGUUAUAUCAGCAACAGCCGAUGAUGUUUUCAGUUCUUCGUAUCUAGGACAAAUGAACAAAAUGUCACUGAAACAUUUAUUACAACAUCACUUUGCUGUGAGGACAGAAGUUACUGUAUUUAAAGGCCUAGUUUACUGGGGGAAGGCUCAGCUUAACUCUGAAGUGAAGGAACCCGAUGGAGUUUUGCUGCGAAAAGAAAUUGAAGAACUUUUACCAUACAUUAGGUUUCUUACUAUGACACUGGAUGAGUUUGUCAAAUAUGUAAUGCCAACUGGUGUCAUAAGUGCAGAGGAAUGCAAUAGUAUACUGAUGAAUAUUAAGCAAAUCCCAGGUAUUCCAGUGCCCCCUAUUUGCAGUAGAAAGAGGAAAAUUAGAAAGGAUUGUGUUACCUCAAGAAAAAGAAGUCGUAAGGAUUCCAGAAGGAAUUGUUUGUUUUCCUCCCCUCAUUCUUCCCAUUCUUCCUCUUCAUCUCCUGAGGGUUAUGGGAGUUAUUCUCCAGGAAAUUCACCUUAUUCUCCAGAAGAUACACCUGCUUCACCUGAGAACUCAGCAUACAAUUCUGCUAAUUCACUUUAUCGCUCUCCUACACCUGAAAAUUCUCGUCAUUCUUCUGAAUAUUCUUAUCAUUCCUAUCAUUCAUCCCGUCAUUCUUCAAGGUCUUCCCGUCAUUCUUCAAGGUCUUCCCGUCAUUCUUCAAGGUCUUCUCAACAUUCAUAUAGGUCUCAUCGUUCAUCUCGGUCUUCACAUCGUUCUUAUGGAUCGCGUAAUUACUCACGUUCACCAUCUAGGUCUUCACAUCAUUCAUAUCGCCGAUCACGUACCCCAUCUUCAUAUGCCUAUUCAUCCAGCGAUUCACCAUAGAAGAAGUAUAAUGGCCAAUAAUGGUACAGGUCUCAUUAUUUAGAUUUCUUUGGCUGCUUUCAUCCUUGCACUACUAGUACAUGUUGCUUUGUUUAUUGCAGUACCUCCAUAGUACAUAUGUGUUUUUCCAUGCAGAAAAUCUUGAGUGUAUUUGUAAUGCAAGGUUGCUGGAUGCUUUCAUUUAACUGGCUUUUCAAAAAGUGUAUUAUAUAGGGAUAGUAAUAAAAUAAUAUAGAUGAA